AUGGCUUUUUCGCACGAUGCAUCGACAUCUUCCAGCCAUCUGCAAUCACCUCCUUCACGAACCAAGACUCGGGGUACUAUGGACCAAGAAUUGGAAGCAAGAAGAAUGACCGCAGCUUCUGUCCGACGAAGGACAUUCCAAGAGCGACGGCAAUUGAACAACCUUGAACAAGAGCAUCGAGCGGAGAAUAAGAGACAUAAUAAACCAUAUGACAGCACCACGAGCGAUGAAAAAUAUUCGGAAGCUUUUUUGGCAAACUAUAUGGCCACGGACAAAGACCGCUUUGAGCGCGAGUCCUCGGUCGAAACGCCAUCAGAAUGCAGCGUCUUGACGCCAGGCGAGCCUCGACAAGAUAGUGCAACCUUUGGUCAACCCAGCAUAUUGGACUCUUCCACCGACACUCCUCUCAAGCUCGAAAUACCAGACCAUGAGGACGUCAUGCAAGUGGCUAUGGAAGGAACUCAGAUUUUGAUCCCUCCCUCCCCUCAACCAGCUUUCCAAGCAUCUCUGGCGUCAUGGUCGGACUUCCAGUACGAUCGAUACUCGAUGAUGCUGAGCUCGCCGGUGACGUCCGAGAUCCAGACUCCAGACCUGGAGGAUGAGGAAACGUUUUCACCGAUAGAGACAGCAACACCGGUGUCUUUCCGACAGCCAAGAGCACGGCCGUCGCUCAUAUCAAUCGUAAGCAGCCCCCACCGGAGCAAGCGACGAAAUACAUCAUCAGCACAUAGUCCUCUAUCCCAAGAAGUGUUCCAACCACCUAAACGGGCUGCCAGAAGACCAUCAUCCAGUUCAUCCCUGACCGGAUUCCCCGCCGCUGAAGCCACGUUGUUUGAGGUUCCAGAUUUACCAGCCAACGCAAUUGAGAUGAUCGCUUCGGCAAGUCAAGACUCGUUGCUUCUUUCUUCAUUUUCGUCAAACCAGGCGAGAGCUUCGACUUUGAGGAAAUCAAGCGUGCCUCGGUUACCCUCAGCGCUCAAUCAUAGCCGCGUGAGUAGCACCAAGAGCCUGGUCAGAACACCUCCAUUUGCGACGCAUGCGAGAACAUUUUCUGGUGCUUCAAGCCACCGUAGUCGGCCGUCGACGGCGAGCAUCUCUGGUGGUGUGGAGGCAACUCCGGCUCCGAAGAAGCCGGCUUCCUACAGCGCAUCCGCAUCGCGCGCUUCCGCCAUGCUACGGCGUCCAUCGACAGCGAUGAGCGUGUCGAGUUCGGACAGUCACAGCCACGGAAUCAUAACGGCGUUACCGUCUGUCCCGAUAUCGGCCGACGAGGACAGUCAUUCUGAUAACACACGAUCUAUGCAACGAAAGAAGUCUUUUCAAAACCUGCGACGGCGGAGUGAAAGCAUACACCAGGCCAUCAAGGGACUCGGCAAAAUCACCACGAGGCAGGAUACCCCAGCGAUGCCGAGCAUCUCAACUCCAUACCCCGAGGACCCUUCGAGGUCUCCUGUACCACCUCUACCGUCGGCCCGGACUGGAAAAGGUAGUGUGCGCACACCCUCAUUCAUGUCGACAUUCUCCAGGAGCAGCAACGGCAGCGGUAUCGUCGGUCUGGGAUUGCGUAACAUCUGA